GCACUUGAAUUACGUGCCUGGGAAUUGCGUCGACUUGUACUUUAGCGCUUGAAAAAGGGCUGUUAGCGUGGAGAGCGGGUGGUGGAGAGUGAGGCGAAUGUGCCGUCUUGAAACCGAAGGACAGUAAGCGCUUCCUCUCUCCCUAAACGAGACGGUCCCGCGGGCUCGGCGGCCGCCCCUGGCCCGUCCGGGGGGAACAUGGCGGCGCCCGGAGCCCGGAGCUGCAGCCUCUCGGGCCUGCUCCCGGCUCAGACCUCGCUGGAGUACGCCCUGCUCGACGCCGUCACCCAGGAGGAGAAGGACAGGCUGGUCUACCAGUAUCUGCAGAAGGUGGACGGCUGGCAGCAGGACUUGUCAGUGCCCGAGUUUCCGGAAGGAUUAGAAUGGCUGAACACAGAAGAAUCUAUUUCUGUCUACAAGGACCUGUGUGGAAAAGUGGUCAUUCUUGAUUUCUUCACCUACUGCUGCAUAAACUGUAUUCACGUGUUGCCUGAUCUGCACGCAUUAGAACACACAUACUCUGAUAAAGAUGGUCUUCUGAUUGUUGGUGUUCACUCAGCUAAGUUUCCAAAUGAAAAAGUCGUGGAUAACAUUAAGAGUGCCGUUCUUCGAUACAACAUCACCCACCCUGUGGUUAAUGAUGCAGAUGCCAGCCUUUGGCAAGAACUAGAAGUCUCCUGCUGGCCAACUCUGAUCAUACUUGGACCUCGUGGAAACAUGUUAUUUUCUUUGAUUGGAGAGGGACAUAAAGAUAAAUUAUUUUUAUAUACUUCAAUAGCGUUAAAGUAUUACAAAGACAGGGGACAGAUCAGAGAUAAUAAAAUUGGAAUCAAACUCUAUAAAGAUUCUUUGCCACCUUCGCCAUUGCUGUUUCCUGGCAAAGUAACAGUAGACCAUGUUUCCAGUAGAUUGGUAAUAGCGGACACUGGACAUCAUAGAAUUUUGGUCGUCUGGAAGAAUGGACAAAUUCAGUACAGCAUUGGAGGACCCAACCCUGGAAGAAAAGAUGGAGUAUUUUCAGAGUCAACUUUUAACUCACCACAGGGUGUAGCCAUAAUGAAUAAUAUCAUAUAUGUGGCAGAUACUGAAAACCACCUUAUAAGAAAGAUUGACCUAGAAGCUGAGAUGGUGAGCACUGUGGCUGGCAUUGGAAUUCAAGGUACAGAUAAAGAAGGUGGAGCUCAAGGAGAAGAACAGCCCAUUAGUUCCCCUUGGGAUGUAGUUUCUGGAAAGUCAGGUCCUGAAGUCCAAACCGAUGACAUUCUGUGGAUAGCCAUGGCAGGGACUCAUCAGAUAUGGGCACUCCUGUUGGACUCUGGCAGACUACCAAAGAAAAAUGAGUUAAAAAAAGGAACCUGCCUUCGGUUUGCUGGAAGUGGAAAUGAAGAGAAUCGAAAUAAUGCAUAUCCUCACAAGGCAGGUUUUGCCCAACCUUCAGGUCUUUCUCUGGCCUCAGAAGAUCCCUGGAGCUGCCUGUUCGUAGUAGAUAGUGAGAGCAGUACAGUGAGAACCGUGUCACUGAAAGAUGGAGCCGUGAAGCACCUUGCAGGAGGAGAAAGAGAUCCCAUGAAUUUAUUUGCUUUUGGUGAUGUUGAUGGAGUAGGAAUCAAUGCAAAGCUUCAGCACCCACUUGGAGUAACUUGGGACGAGAAAAGGAAUUUACUUUAUGUGGCAGACUCUUACAAUCACAAGAUUAAAGUUGUGGAUCCAAAAACAAAAAACUGUACAACAUUAGCAGGAACUGGAGAUGCAAGUAAUGUUCUUGGUUCCAGUUUUACUGAGUCAACUUUUAAUGAACCAGGAGGCUUGUGUAUUGGAGAGAAUAGUCAGUUAUUAUAUGUGGCAGACACCAAUAACCAUCAAAUUAAAGUGAUGGAUUUAGAAACAAAAACGGUUUCUGUGCUCCCAGUCUUCAGAGCUGACAGUGCUAUGGUGGAUGGCCCAUUCUCAGCAGAAAAGCAGAAGGCAUUCCCCAAACUGCCUACAUCUGCUCCAAGCAUUAGACUUUCCCCAGUGGCUGCAUCCCCAGGACAGACUCUUGAGUUCAAGCUAAAACUAGACCUCCCGUCAGGAGCGAAGCUCACUGAAGGGGCACCCAGUUGCUGGCUCCUGUCAGCUGGAGGCAACGAAUGGCUUCUUCGAGGACAGAUACCAUCUGGAGAGAUAGAGAGCAUUUCCAAUCAGCCAACCAUCUCACUGCAGAUUCCCGGAGAUUGCUUAUCACUUGAAGCCAUUCUGUCUAUCAGCGUGUUUCUGUAUUACUGUAGCGCAGACAGCAGUGCCUGUAUGAUGAAGGGAAUUUUGUUCACUCAGCCUUUACAAAUAACCGACACACAGCAAGGCUGCACAGCUCUGGUAGAACUCAAGUAUGUAUUUUAGCAAGCUGGCUAGUGACCCAGUGCUGUCUCUUCUCCAUCCCCACCAUCACUGUAAUUUAUGAAAAGAAACUUUAUUUCUGCCUCUGGAAACAAAGAAACUCAUUGUUCAGUUCUAGCAACUGACAUUAAAAUAAAGCUAUGCUCCUUAUUUAUUUAUUAUAAACAAAUUCAUUCAUUCUGGCUGCGUACCAGCUGAGUCACUGACCAUGAUUUGAACCAUGAUUCUGUAAUCUUUGCUGCUAUUUGGCACAAGACUUAAGACCACAUUAUAGGCUAGAAUACUAUCAUGAGAUAAUGUGCAGUGAAUACCGGUAACAAUAAUGAUACCAAAUAUUUUAACUAACCUUUUUACCUUUAUUAAUAUCAAGCAGCACAUCUGAACAUAUAAAUUUCACAGUAAUUUUAAACAGAACUUAAGAUGCAGUCUGUGUGUUGGUUUAAGGACAUCUGCCAUUCAAGGCAUUAGGUCUGUUUUAAGCCACAAAAUGGUCUUUCUAUCAUAGUAGAAGCUUAAAGACUACCUAGGUGAUAAAUAUAUUCUUUACUCUCUUCUGUGGUUUUCUCAUUUGAGAUAUAUUUAAAACAGAAUUGUAAUCUAUUUUUUUUAUAAAUUAUUUACUAUUUUAAUAUACCGUUAUUAAUGGUAUGUUAAAUAUUCUGUAUGUUUCUAUACAGAAAAGGUUAAAGUCUCUAAGGACAUACAGACUCACUCCUUUAUUAUUUCUAACUGAACACAGUCUUACCAGAUAACAAUGAGUCCACAGAAAUACCAUGCCUUUGAAGGAGAAAGGGACUAGGGACACAUUACUGUCUGUGAUACCACUUCAUGAUAAAGAACUGUGACAGCUGAGUUUGAUAUAAAUGGGUAUGUAUGUUAUCUUAGAAAUGCACAUUUCAGUUGAAGCAGUAAGUGCAGAUUUGUGGGGUUUGUGGGUUUUUUUGGUCCCCAUAUUCAAAAUUUAAAUUAUGAUCAUUUAUUGUGAUUUUUUUUAAGAAGUUACUGUUAAGCAUUCAAAGUGAAAAUUUCAGUGUGAAGCACUUUCAUGGUAUUAAUGUGUAUAGUAUAUCUUAAUAUAUUACUUUAAAAUAUCAAGGCUGAAAUAUCCAGUGAUUUGAGGACACUGUUUUUGGUAGUUUUUUUAACCUUAAAAGAAGUAGUCAGCAGGAGAUAAUGAAAGGUUCUUUUAUUAUCAUAAUUUCUCUUUAUAACUAUUUUAAAAGCCUGUGCUUAUUUUUACUAAAACUGAUUCAACAUGUUUGUGGUUUAAUCAGCUUACAAGAUUUUAAAAACAACAGGUGAAUCAUAUUUAUUCAGUAAAUAUUUAUAGACAAUAUAGCAUAAUAUGCCUUCCCCCUUCAAAAACAGUGUUCCAUUUGAAGGGUAAUUUUUUAAGCAUGACCAUCUGCCCAUUGCUUUAUAUUUUUUGGAAAUAUAAUUUUGAACGUGCUGUUCACUUCUUUUAUUCAGGUUCCAAAAUCUGAAGUAAGACAGUGCAUAGGUCAUGGCUUCCAUUUAAUUUGCAGCAUGCUAGCACUGUUUUUAAAGAGAAAUGUAACAUUAAAAAUAAUUCUUUUUAAAAUCAUAUGUAAGUACCUCAAACCUUUUCUCUCCAUAAAAAAAAUGUUCUAUAAUAAAAGGAUGUAUAACAUUAAUAGUCUCUUUUAUGGAGAGCAGACCAGAGUCAUUUUUUAAUCUCAUCUGAUUAUUGUAGUUCUUAUUUCCAGUUGGACAGGAUGAGAAUAGUUUGACUUGAUUUUUUUCCUAUUAAGGACGUAAACAGUUCUCUCAGUAAGAAGUAUAUACAAUUCUAACUUGCUAAUUCAAGAAUGCCUGGUAAUUAUUUAUUCAGUAUUAUACACAUACAUACAGUAUGUAUUUCCAUAUACAUUAAAACCCAAAAAUACUUCUUAGAGUCAAUUAAUGUUCCCUUUGUCUAGAUAGAGCUUUAGGUUAGUAUUAUUAAGCUUAUACUUUUCUUAACUUUCAAAGGAUAGUUUUAUUGAACAUUCUUAUUCUUACCCAGCCACCAGUCUGCAGUGUUUUUUACGUUCAGAAUAUUAUUUGUAUAAAGUGGUAUGACUUUUUUUUGUAAAUCAUACUAAGCAAUAUAAAUAGGCUCCUAGAAUUUAUGACUAACAUAAACUUCUCACGUAAGAGGAAGCACUAGAAAGUUUAUUUUUAAAAACUUGAUUCCUGUCUGACUUCUGUUUUCUAUAAGAACUUCUGCAUUUUUUAACUUUUUAACUUUUGCUCUUCUUCAUACAUCAAUUAUUAUGUCCGGUGACAGUUUAAAAAACAGUAAGAUCUUGGUGUUAGUCACCGUUACCAAAGUGCCAGUAAUGUGGCAUUAUACACCCUUAGACAUAAUACCUGGAACCUUUGCCCUACGUUAUUCUGCUGGUUUGUCAUUUUUUUCACCACUGUGUAUGAUAUUUCACAAAUGGCAGAAUUUCUUUUUCUGAAUUUAUGCUCAGGAUUGAUACGAUCUCUGAAAAGAACUUCGCUUAUCUUGAAUAUGCUGUGUCAGGCAAAUAUUUAACCUGUUCACAAGAGAAAAUUUUACAGUUUAACCACUGGUAAGUGUAACUUCGGCCAAGUUCAAUGACUAAACAAUUUUCUCCUUAACUAUUCUAAUAAUAUAUUUAGCUAUAGUGUUAAUCAGGCCUGAAGAAAGCAAUAAAUCUUAACACAGCCCCAUAAUAUAUGCAGAUGAGUGUAUAUAUAUGUGUGUAUGUGUAUAUAUACUUACACAGAUACAAAGAUCAACUCAAUUUCUCACAUGGCCAAUGUGCUUCGGAGCUAGGACCACUGAAAUAAGUUAUCUGCUUGUUCUUCCAUAGUUGAAAAAUCUGAGAAGAUACUAAAAAUACAUAUCUCUGUAAUAUAAUAAUUUUCUGCUUGCCCAACAUUUAGUUUUUAUCUGCCAACUAAAAAGACUUCAGUCUAGCCAUUAUAUUUGGCAUCAUGCUGAAGAAUAAUCACCAAAAACGAAAUUUCAUAGCUCACAAAUUGCAUAAAAAUAUAUACAGAGGGUCUGUGUCAGUGGUGGACUAUGAAUGAUAAAAUUGUGAAUAUUUUUAUUUUCUAUUUUUCUGUAUUUUUUUUUAAAUUGAGCAGUGUGUUAUUUUAAAAAAAUAGGGAUGUGCUUUAAAGAUUUAAAAUGAACUGAAUAGCCAGCACUUGUUAUAUAAUACAUUUUCUGGGGUCACUUUAUUACCAAAGAUCAGAACACAGUGUCAGAGCUCUGAUCUGCCAGUUUUCUCUUUAGUGUGUGAUUUGGUGGAGACAGAAAUGAUUACGGCUUCUUCUGCUGGAGUUUUAUUCUGUGAUGUAGUGUAGUGAUUAUGAGCACAGAUUUUGCAGUCACUUGGAUUCUAACUGUAUAAAAUGGGGCUCCUAUACCUGCCCUAUGGGGUUGCUGUAAGGACUCAAUGAAAUGAUGUUUGUAUAGCAAUUAGUAAUUAAGAAACUGCUAGUUACUGGCUUAGUUAUAAUAAUAAUUUAUGAUCAUAAAUACAUGGCUUCACAUUUUCUUUUUAACUGCAUUUUCUAAAAGAAACUAUUUCUCUACCAACUGUUUGCUAUGUUAAUAUUGUCCAUAGAACUGGGAUUCAAGAAGAGAAAUACAGUUCUAUAAUAGACAUAUUACUAUUUUAUAAAUGAUGUUAUAAAGAA